AUGCAGGUUGAUACCCCCGAUCCUCUAGACUGGACAGUCGAUGAAGUAGUCAACUUCCUCUGUCACAACUCCGACCAACCAUGGUCUCGGUCAGCUACCGGUGGCCCUAGGCCUGAUCCCACUUCCUUCGAAACUGCUCUACGUGAUAAUUUCGUGACGGGUGAGGUGCUUUUGCACGAUGUACAUAAAACCGAACUACGAGAGGACUUAGGUCUAAAAACCCUCGGCCAUGUGAGUUCUAUGCUCAGAGCCAUUCGCUAUUUGCAAGACAACUCCCUCAAAUUUAAAGGCAGCAGGGGGUACCCUCAUUCUCUCGAGGACCGGCAGAGUGACCAGUUCUCAACGCCGUUUUCUCCCAUGGGAGUGGCUCCUCAUUUGUCUUCUACUGUGCGCCCUGAGAGUGGUCAUACUCCUAGGGACAUCACUCCGAUCCGUGUGGACUCGCGAACGCACAUUCUGGCGAUGUCACCUUCCGCUCGCAUCAAGCCUCAUAAUCGAGAGGCAGCUUUGACCAACUCGCCGGCCAAAAAUCAAGUUACUAUUCCACCAGAACCUACUCCCAAUCCCGUACUGGAACCGCGCCAGACUCCUGUCGCUGAGCCGGAUUUGAGUCUGGUGAAACGCGGCGAGGCCUCGAAUCCCAGUCUGUACGCUCAAUCACGUGGACACAUCACCGUCGAUAGCUCAGGCAAAAAGCGGCUCAGGCUAGACCCCCAAUCUUCGGCUAAGGUUCAGGAUCAUAAGCAAAGUUCCAACGCCGCGGAUGCCCAGGAUGGUAAGGUGUGGUACAUGGGGCCAGAACGCAUCUCACAUUCUGACGUUUUCUACUCACCUGGCUUGGAUGACAAUGUCCGAUCAUUCAUGAUGCUAGGCUCAGAAGUUCCAACGGCAAAGCGUCACUUUGUGAACAAAAGCCUAAGCCAUUUCUAUCAGCAACCGCCAAUCAAGCUCACCUCAGGCAAAAACGGAAAGGACCCCACUCAAUGGGCCGUGACACCUUACAGUAGCAAGAUGGUUAAUGCAGAUAACCCAAAGCUUUUUACCUUGUAUACAUCUGAUAAGGGAAAGGUUACUGUGAGAAAAGAGCAGAUGAAUAAUUGGCCCCAGUUCAAUACUUUGAAGCCUAAGUCUCACAAUGACUCAACGGAAAUGACGGACCGCCAUGACCCCUACGCACGUCUCCUUCAGAGAUACCCACCUCAAGAAGAUCAGGACAUAUUUCCUUUGUAUGGUGACUCGGGAUCUGAGGGUGAAUACGAUGAAGCGAUAUUGCAGGAAAUGCAAGACGAGCAGCAAGAAACAGUACCGUAUCAACUGACACAAAACGAAAUGCGUGGCAUCAUUGCGGAUUGCAUCUCUGACUAUAAAGCAAAGUGGCGCCAGAAUGGCCAGGAGAAGGAACAAGCAAAAGUCCAAAAACUGUGGUUAACAGCAAGGAGAACCAAAAGCACCAACCAGAAAAUCAAGGCUCUAAACCACGAGACGAUCCUUCUGGGGAAGCGCUUGGAGAAGUUGCAGGAGCACAUUUGUGAUAGCACGUAUUCUGCACGGGCCGAGCUGAGUGACCAAUGUCAAAGCAUGGAACAAACAGUCAUGGAUAUAGAGAAGAGCAAAUGGCGCGCGGCGAUUCUUGAACAGGAGACCUGUCCCCCAAAGACAUCCACCCCUCCUCGGCGCCCAUAUGCCUUCAAACCGCGACGAAAUCUUGAGGACGAGGAAUCUCUUCAGUCCGACUCCGACUACUUGACCAGCGACAAUUCGUACGAUUUCAUUGAUGACACAUCUGCCGUGGGCGAGGCUUCUCGUGAAGAAGACAUUCCAAUGACGACACCCUCGACCUCUGACAGUGACGACGAUAUCAUCAGCCCUUCGGGAACCCGUCGGAACUCAAGGAAACUCAGAAGACUCCCUUUUCGCGAAUCCAGCUCUCCUAUACCUAGCCCAAAACACGAUGCAAUGGCUUCAGUCAUUGAUCUGACAGUAGAGUCGCCCCCUCCCGAGGACUUGAAGAUUGAAACACCCCCCUUGAAUCCCGUUCAACUAGUGGUUGCAAAGUCCCAUGAGGACCCUUUUGUUACUAAUAGAACGAGUCCUUCAAUUUCCCCGGAGCCUCGACUCGGUCAAAAUAUAAGCGUUGAAAUACCCGUCAAGGCAAUCGACCCGCCUAGAGACCCCCAAAGCAGGACGCCUCCGUUUAACGACCUUAAAGGGAUCAAGCAGAUGUCGUGGGAACUGCUUGAAGAGCGCAAAGACCGUGGCAGGCUACUCAUAAAAUUACUAUGCAGUUUACCUGACGGUGAAAGAGAGAACUUGGCCGACACCAUCCCCAAAUCUAACCAAGAAAGGCUGAGAGAAAACAUCUCGAUCGCUCUCAAAAGGUUUCUGCAGGGACAAGAAUGUAUGCCUAACCUGGAAGAAUCCGAAAGCAAGACUAUUAUGCGAACUGCAUCGCUUUACAUAUCUUGGGUAAACUGUACUCAUCUUCAGCGGAAAAAAGGCAUUCCAAAACAUCUUGUAGAAAACACACAAGAAGAUCUUCCUCAAGGAUUUUCCCAGUUUUUCGAGGAACUUACCAAGCGUCUCCGAUUUCCUUUUUCCCCAUGGCGGCAUUCACCCAACUUUCCCGGAGACUCCCGUGAAUUUCAACAGUCCAAGAAGCAUAUAAGUGCAAUCGAUCGUUUGGAGCAGCAGGAUGCAAAUCAAAUGGCGACACCGCAUAAGAAGAGAAAAAGAGAGAUCAAGGAAAGCCAGGCCGUGAAAUCGAACCAGCAAAGCGCACGAAUGCGUGUUCAGCUCAACGAGGAACAAAAAAGGAAACUUGAACAGAAGAUGGAGAGCAUGGGAGUAAGCAAUAACGAUCCGGCACACCAAGCCGUCAGCUUUAGAGAACCCAUCAUCUACCUGGACCCGCACAUUGGCAGUCGUGUCAUGCCUCAUCAACUAAGUGGCAUUCAAUUCAUGUGGCGAGAGUUGUUGGAGGAUGAGAAGGGGCAAGGCUGUCUUCUGGCACACACCAUGGGCCUGGGGAAAACAAUGCAAGUUAUAUCUCUUCUAGCAACCAUUUCUGCCGCCGCUUCUUCAAAUGCCUCCGACGUUCGUCAACAAGUUCCUCCUGAUAUAAGAGAGUCAAAAACCCUCGUUCUCUCCCCAGUCACAUUGAUUGAAAAUUGGUACGAGGAGUUUAUAAUGUGGUGCCCUCCAGAUUCGCCCAUCGGCCCGUUGAGAAAAGUCACAAGCUCGACUGCAGUUGAGGAGAGAUUUCAGACCUUGGUAGACUGGGAUGCUGAGGGUGGAGUACUGAUAAUGGGCUAUGAGCUCUUCCGGUCUUGGGUUCUCAACAAAAAGUCUGUCAAGAGAGACAAGUCAACUAUAUCCGAUGAGGACCACCAUAAGGUCCGGACAAUGCUCUUGGAAGGCCCCAAUAUUGUUGUCGCCGAUGAAGCCCAUAAGAUGAAAAAUGCGAGUAGCGGAAUCGCCCGAGCUACCAUGCAAUUCCGCACCACAAGACGCAUCGCGCUGACUGGCUCGCCUUUGGCCAACAAUCUGGUUGAUUAUUAUACCAUGGUCAACUGGAUUGCAAAGGACUAUCUGGGCGAGUUCGUAGAGUUCAAGGCCAAUUUUGUGGAGCCUAUAGAAGAAGGCCUCUACGCAGAUAGCACUCGCUGGGAGAGGCGCCGAUCCCUCAUCAAGCUCAAGGCUCUCAACAACAAUCUUGAACCUAAACUCAAUCGCGCAGAUAUCACUGUACUCGAAGGAAGUCUACCACCAAAAACCGAAUUUGUCCUUACCAUUCCUUUGACCCCACUCCAGAAGGCUGCAUAUGAUCUGUAUGUCGAGAGCACUCUUGAGGGAGCAAAUGAGUGCGUUCAAAACACGAACGUUUGGUCUUGGCUUGCAGUCUUGAGUUUGUGCAACAACCACCCGGCAUGCUUCAGACAAAAGCUACUUGACCGGGCCCGUGAUGUUCAAAACCCAGAUGAGGAGCCCGAAGGAUCUCCGGAAGCUGAACAAAUCCCUGAAGCUCCCCUCCCUUAUGCAGACAACUUUAUGUCUAAACAAAAGAAGCUGUUUGCUACCAUUUCGGACAUGAACGCUCUGGAGCUAUCAUAUCGGGCGCAGAUCUUGGACAGGAUAAUCACCGAGUCAUUCAACGCUGGCGACAAGUUACUUGUCUUCUCCCAUAGCAUACCAACGCUCGACUACAUCGAGCGCAUGUUGAAGAUGACCGGAAGAAAAUAUCGUCGCCUAGAUGGACAAACACCUAUUCAAAGCCGCCAAACUGCAACUAAAAAUUUCAAUCACGGCUCGGAGGAAUAUGUCUACUUGAUCUCAACACGCGCGGGAGGAUUAGGUCUCAAUAUCCCUGGCGCAAACCGCGUUGUGAUAUUCGAUUUCGGAUUCAGCCCAAUGUGGGAGCAGCAGGCCGUUGGCCGUGUUUAUCGCCUUGGUCAGAAAAAGCCGGUCUUUAUAUACCGCUUCAUCGCCGGUGGCACUUUUGAGGAAAUGAUAUACAACAGGGCAAUGUUCAAGACGCAGCUUGCGUUUCGCGUUGUUGACAAGAAAAACCCUAUUCGUGCAGCGACCAAGCCCAUGAAAGGGUAUCUUUUCCCAGUCAAGGCAGUCCCCGAGACUGAUACCAGCGAAUUCCUCGGCAAAGACCCUCAGGUUCUAGACAAAAUCUUGAAUGAUAAAGAUACCUAUCCGAUCCGCAAGAUCACUCUCACAAAAACCCUCGAAAGAGAUGACAAUGACAAGUUGUCCUUGGAGGAGGAACAACGUGUCCAGGAAGAAAUAAACGACAUGACUCUCAGACGUACCAACCCUGUCGCAUACCAGAGACUGCUGGAAGAAAGGCAAAGGCCAUACCUGGCUGCAGCCAGAGCCGACGCAGCUGCGAGCCCAUACACCUCAUAUUCCACGCCUUACCCACAACCCAACAUGCCGUCCGCAUCCAUCCCCUACAAUUCCCCCAACGUUGGCCUUUAUCAACCACAACAGCAGCAGUGGCAGUAUGAGCAGGGACAAUACCAUCAGGGACAGUAUGAGCAAGGGCAGUUUGAUCAAGGACAAUAUUUGCCGCAAUAUCAGCAGCAGCCGUUACCGCUGCCCGCUCCACGUGUUGUCCCUUCCAACGCACAUAACGAUGGUCCUCCUCCUUUGGCCCCCGACAUGAUUUCUUACAACGACUGA